CCGGCGUUCGCUCUCGUGUUCCUCUUCUCUUCCUCUCCACCCGAAAAUUUCCCUCGAGGACGCGUCCGAGUGGAGAGGAAGACGAACACGGCCGACGCGCUCAGACGACAAUACAUGGCUCUUCCUGCUCCCUCCAUCACUGUGCCUUCGCCCGCUCGUCCCCCGCUCAACAGGACGAUGACGACGUCCAAUUCACUCCCAGCAAAACCCGCAAGCGGGACUAACAUCUCAGAAGAUGGCUCGCGCGACGCCCCCUUGUCCGUGCUUGAGCUCAGCGAUGGCUCAUCGUUCGAGGGAUGGAGCUUUGGCGCGGAAGGGAAGAGCGUAGCAGGCGAAUGCGUCUUCCAGACGGGGAUGGUGGGUUACACAGAAUCCCUCACCGAUCCCUCCUACGAGGGCCAGAUCCUCGUCCUCACCUACCCCCUCAUUGGCAACUACGGCGUCCCCGCGCGUCCCGAAAAUUUCCUGGACACGCUCCCCGUCGAGUUCGAGUCUAGCCGCAUCCACAUCGCCGGCCUGGUGAUCGGCUACUACACGGAGGACUUCAGCCACUUCCUGGCCAAGUCCUCGCUCGGCGAGUGGCUGAAGGAGAACAACGUGCCGGCGAUGUACGGGAUCGACACGCGCAUGCUCACGAAGAAGAUCAGGGAGAAGGGGUCCAUGCUCGGGAAGCUCCUCGCCAGGCGCCCGGACGCGCGCGCCAGCAAGCGUCUGUCGCUGCCUGCCGGGUCGCAGCUGCCGUCGCGCGCCUCGUCGCCCUCGAGCAACCCGUUCGCGUGGCGCGAGGACUACAUCGACAUUCCGUUCUCGGAUCCCAACGCGCAGAACUUGGUUUCGGUCGUCUCAAUCAAGGAGCCCAAGUUGUACAAGCCGACCACGGAGCCCAAGCUGCAUCCCUCCGGUCGCCCUUUGCGCAUCAUCGCUGUUGAUGUGGGCAUGAAGUACAACCAGAUUCGCUGCUUCAUCAACCGCGGCGUCGAGUUGAAGGUCGUGCCAUGGGACUACGAUUUCAACGCCGAUCCGGAGCCUUUCGACGGCUUGUUCUUGUCGAACGGUCCCGGUGAUCCUGCUACCGUCACACAGACGAUUACGAAUAUCGCCAAAGCUGUAGAGCGGGGUGACCGCCCCAUCUUUGGUAUCUGUCUGGGUCACCAACUGCUCGCCCUCGCCGCUGGCGCGAAGACUUCGAAGAUGAAGUACGGUAACCGUGGUCAAAACAUCCCCUGCACGGACGCAAUGUCUGGCCGCUGUUACAUCACCAGCCAGAAUCACGGGUACCAGGUGGAUACGUCUACGCUUCCGUCAGGCUGGAAGGAGCUCUUCCAGAACGCAAAUGAUGGCAGCAACGAGGGCAUCUACUUCGAGGACAAGCCGUUCUUCUCUGUCCAAUUCCAUCCCGAGUCGACGCCAGGCCCGAGGGAUACGGAGUUCUUGUUUGACGUCUUCAUUCAGAACGUCGCGGACUGUGCGUCGAGCUCGCUCGUGCCUAUCUCGAUGCCUGGCGGCAGCAAGGAGGAGAAUGAGAAGCGCGUGCCCCGCGCCAAGGUCACGAAGGUGCUCAUCUUGGGCUCCGGCGGUCUCUCCAUCGGCCAGGCUGGCGAGUUCGACUACUCUGGCUCGCAGGCGAUCAAGGCGCUAAAGGAGGAGGGCAUUUACACCAUCAUGGUGAACCCGAACAUCGCGACGAUCGCGACGUCGAAGGGCCUCGCCGACAAGGUCUACUUCCUGCCCGUAACGCCCGAGUUCGUGCGCAAGAUCAUCAAGUACGAGCAGCCUGACGGCAUCUACGUCACCUUCGGCGGGCAGACCGCGCUCAAUGUCGGCAUCAAGCUCAAGGACGAGUUCGAGGAGCUGGGCGUGCAGGUGCUGGGCACGCCCAUCGACACGAUCAUCAUGACGGAGGAUCGCCAGCUGUUCGCGGAUGCGAUGGCCGAGAUUGGCGAGAAGUGUGCGGAGAGCUGCACGGCGCAGAACCAGGAGGAGGCGCUGGCGGCGGCGAAGUCUAUCGGAUUCCCGGUCAUCGUGCGCGCAGCGUAUGCACUCGGAGGCCUUGGAAGCGGUUUCGCGCAGGACGCCGCGCAGCUGUCGGCGCUGUGCGCGAAGGCGUUUGCGACGAGUCCGCAGGUUCUGAUUGAGAAGAGCAUGAAGGGAUGGAAGGAGAUCGAGUAUGAAGUCGUCCGUGAUUGCAGAGACAACUGCAUUACGGUUUGCAACAUGGAGAACUUCGACCCGCUCGGUAUCCACACUGGCGACUCCAUCGUCGUCGCGCCUUCGCAGACGCUGUCCGACUCCGACUACAACAUGCUUCGUACGACCGCCAUCAACGUCAUCAGGCAUCUUGGCGUCGUUGGCGAGUGCAACAUCCAGUACGCACUCAAUCCUAAUUCUCAGGAGUAUUGCAUUAUCGAGGUCAACGCCCGUCUGUCGCGUUCGUCCGCGCUUGCGUCGAAGGCCACCGGCUAUCCGCUCGCCUUCAUCGCUGCGAAGCUCGGUCUAGGCAUACCGCUCAACGAGAUUCGCAACUCUGUCACCCGGGUCACCAGCGCGUGCUUUGAGCCGAGCUUGGACUACUGCGUCGUCAAGAUCCCCCGUUGGGACCUCAAGAAGUUCAACCGUGUCAGCCGCCUGCUCAGCAGCAGCAUGAAGAGUGUCGGCGAGGUCAUGAGCAUCGGGCGCACUUUUGAGGAGACGAUCCAGAAGGCGAUCCGUGCUAUCGACGAUCAGUUCCUUGGGUUUGCAAAGAACGACUACGUCGAAGAUAUCGACGAGGAGCUCGUGAACCCGACGGAUAAGCGCAUCUUCGCCAUUUCGACUGCCUUCCACCGCGGCUACAGUGUGGAGAAGAUCUGGCAAAUGACGAACAUCGACAAGUGGUUUUUGACGAAGCUGCAGAACAUCUUCAUUAUGGAGAAGGCCAUCUCGACAUACAACGUCUCAACUCUCGACAAGGACAUCCUCCGCCGCGCCAAACAGCUUGGUUUCUCUGACCGCGAGCUCGCCGCAUGCAUGAACUCAACAGAGCUUGCUGUGCGUCUGUUGCGCAAGGAGAACGGCAUCUCGCCCUUCGUCAAGCAGAUCGACACGGUUGCGGCCGAGUUCCCUGCUUUCACCAACUACUUGUACACGACCUACAACGCCAUCGAGCACGACAUCACCUUCGAGGACCGCGGCAUCAUGGUCCUUGGCUCCGGUGUGUACCGCAUCGGCUCCUCUGUCGAGUUCGACUGGUGCGCUGUGCGUGCGAUCCGCACUCUGCGCGAUCAGGGCCUCCCGACGGUCAUGGUCAACUACAACCCUGAGACGGUCAGCACGGACUACGACGAGGCCGACCGCCUGUACUUCGAGAAUAUCAGCUUGGAGACCAUUCUCGAUAUCUACGACACCGAGGCCUCGCGCGGUGUCAUUCUCUCCAUGGGUGGGCAGACGCCGAACAACAUCGCGCUGCCGCUGUACCGUCAGAACGUCAAGAUCUACGGGACGUCGCCCGAAAUGAUUGACACGGCGGAGAACAGGUUCAAGUUCUCCCGCUUGCUCGACGAGAUCGGUGUCGACCAGCCGGAGUGGAAGGAGCUGACGAGCUUCGAGGAGGCGCAGUCCUUCUGCGAGAAGGUCGGCUAUCCGGUCCUUGUCCGUCCAUCGUAUGUGCUUUCGGGCGCUGCGAUGAACGUCGUCUCUACCGGCGACGACCUCUCGAAUUACCUGACACAAGCCACCGCGGUUUCGCGCGAACACCCGGUCGUCAUCACAAAGUACAUCGAGCAGGCGAAGGAGAUUGAGAUGGACGCCGUCGCGAAGGGCGGUAAGAUGAUCAUGCACUUCAUAUCCGAGCACGUCGAGAACGCGGGCGUGCACUCCGGCGAUGCGACGCUCAUUCACCCCCCGCAAGACCUCGACCCGCAGACGGUGAAGCAGAUCGAAGAGGCGACUGCGAAGAUCGGCAACGCGCUCAACGUGACGGGCCCCUUCAACAUCCAGUUCAUCGCGAAGAACAACGAAAUCAAAGUCAUCGAGUGCAAUCUUCGCGCUGCCCGCUCCUUCCCCUUCGUCUCGAAGGUCACGGGCAUUGACGCGAUCGAGAUGGCCACGAAGGCCAUGCUUGACCUGCCCGUUGAAUCCUAUCCCGACGCGAACCUACCGCCUGACUACGUUGGUAUCAAGGUCCCGCAGUUCAGCUUUAGCCGUCUGUCGGGUGCCGAUCCGGUGUUGGGUGUGGAGAUGGCGUCCACGGGCGAGGUUGCAUGCUUCGGGCACGACAAGUAUGAGGCGUACCUGAAGGCGCUCAUCUCAACCGGUAUCAUCCCGCCCAAGAAGAACAUCCUUUUCUCGAUCGGCAGCUACCGGGAGAAGCUCGAGCUUCUCCCAGCUAUCCAGAAGCUAUCAGCUGCUGGGUACAAUAUCUUCGCCACCUCGGGCACGGCCGACUUCUUGACUGAGCACAACGUCCCCUGCAAGUACCUCGAAGCAUUAGGAGAUGAUAAUCGCGACCAGCAGAAGUCGGAGUACUCGUUAACACAGCACCUGGCGAACAACCUUAUCGACAUGUACAUCAACUUGCCAUCCAAGAACCAUUACAGGCGCCCCGCCAGCUACGCGAGCAAGGGCUACCACAGCCGUCGCAUGGCCGUUGACUUCGCGGUGCCGCUUAUCACGAACGUCAAGAACGCGAAGAUGCUUGCCGAGGCCCUGGUUCGCAAGCUGCCCCUUGACGUGUCCACCGUGGACUCGAAGAGCUCUCACCUUACCCAUACCUUCCCCGGCUUCGUCAAUAUCGCUGCGUUCGUCCCGGGCGUCGCUCAGCUUGGAAGCAACGACCUGGCGGAGUUGUCGCAAGCUGCAGUGUCCGCUGGGUUCUCAACCUCCAUCGUCCUGCCUAUUGGAGUCGGUAAUGCGAUAUACGACCGCCCGACCCUCGAGCUUGCGACGAACAACAUACAGGGCCGCUCGUACACGAACUACGCGUUUAGCGUUGCAGCCACCGACACCAACGUGCAGGCCCUUGACGAGGAGCUGCAGGCUGACACCAAGGCGCUGUUCAUCCCCUUCAAGCUGGACGGCAUCGACACGCCCUUGUCCGUUGUGGCCGCGCAUCUGGCAUCAUGGCCGCUCGAUAAGCCUAUCAUCACCAACGCCAAGGGCUCACAGCUGGCGUCGAUACUUCUCCUGGCCAGCCUAAAUGGCCGUGGCGUGCAUAUCACGGACGUUCGCGAUACCGAUGACCUCCUGCUCAUCUCGCUGAGCAAGGCGAAGCAACUCAAGGUCACUUGCGAUGUGUCAAUCUACUCGCUCUUCUUCACGAAGGAGCAGUACCCCUCUUCGGCCCAUCUGCCCACCGCGCAGGAGCAAGCUGCGCUUUGGAAGCACCUGGACGUUGUCGACGCUUUCUCAGUCGGCCCGGCGCCAUACUUCUUGGCCGAAGAAAUGGGUCAGAAGCCGACCCCGGCUUGCGGCAUUGAGGAGACCCUUCCCCUCUUGCUCACCGCUGUCACGACGGGUCGCCUUACCCUGGAGGACAUCCGCGUUCGCCUGCACGACAACCCUGUCCUCAUCUUCGGGCUCCCUGAUCAGAGCCAGACACAUGUCGAGAUUGUUAUGGGUCGCAAGGCUCCCUUCACGAAGGUGUCGACGUGCUGGACGCCGCUGGAGAACAACCUGGUCAACGGCUUUGUGCAUCGCGUCGUGUUCCAUGGUCAGACUACCUACCUUGAUGGCGCUGUCACGUCGCCGCCGCUCGGCAAGGACAUCUCCAGCGCCAGCGUAAGCCAUGGUCCCGCGACACUCCCGACCGUCACCGGCACUGCUCCUCCGCACAAGGACCUCGAGCUCACCGCCCCUGCGUUGCCGCCGCAGCCCUCGGGCGCCGUCCUGCAUGGACCUGUGGGACCGGCCGAUACUUACCUGUCGCAUCUGCACGCUCAUCCGUCGUUUUACCGCCGUCAUAUCCUUUCCGUCAAGCAAUUCACCCGGAAAGAUUUGUACGAUCUGUUCUCCCUCGCGCAGGAGAUGCGCCUUCAGGUCGAGCGGAAUGGUACUUUGGAUGUCCUCAAGGGCAGGGUGCUCUGCACCUUGUUCUACGAACCGUCGACCAGGACGUCCUCAUCGUUCGAUGCCGCUAUGAAGCGCUGCGGUGGCGAGGUUGUGCAGAUCACUGCGGACACAUCCUCGGUCACGAAGGGAGAAUCCCUCCCGGACACCGUGCGGACUCUAGGAUGCUAUGCCGACGCCAUCGUCAUGCGUCAUCCGGAUGUUGGGAGCGCUCAGCUCGCUGCGAAGUUCUCGCCCGUCCCCAUCAUCAACGCCGGAGAUGGAAUCGGGGAGCAUCCCACGCAGGCGCUUUUGGAUGUGUUCACCAUCCGUUCGGAGCUCGGUACGGUCAACGGACGAACGAUCACGAUGCUCGGCGACCUCAAGAACGGGCGCACUGUCCACAGCUUGGUGACGUUGCUAUGCCUGUACUCCGUGCGCCUCAACUUCGUGGCGCCCGCUAGCCUGGCUAUGCCGUCGACCGUGGUGAAUGCGGCGCGUCGCGCGGGCAUCCAGGUCACGGUCUGCGAGUCGCUGGAAGAAGUUUUGGACGACACGGACGUGCUGUACGUGACGCGCGUGCAGAAGGAGCGCUUCACGAGCGAGGCCGAGUGGCAGCAGGUGAAGGACGCGUACCGCGUCGAUCACUCCGUUCUGGCGCGGGCGAAGGAGGACAUGAUUGUGAUGCACCCUCUGCCUCGCGUGAAUGAAAUCGAUCCUGAGGUCGACUUCGAUUCCAAGCGUGCGGUGUACUUCCGCCAGAUGCGCUACGGUCUCUUCAUUCGGAUGGCGCUGCUAUUGAGCGUCAUGGCGUGAAAAGUAAUCUAAGGGUGCCAUAAUUGUAAGGUUGAAGGUAGUAUAUCAAAACUGUAUUUCUAGGCCGAAGCACGGUCUUCCAGCCAAACAUACGAACUGUGUUGACGGCUAUUCUCGACCGAGGUGGUGCGUUCGCA